GCUUGUGUGUCUGCAGCAGAGCGAAGCACCCUCGAUCUCUCACUACUCGACCCGCCCGCCCGCCCGACAACACACUCUUCGUGCACCACCCGGCUGAGAUCAACAACCCUCUCAACGAACCCCAUCACCAGAUGAUGUAAUGUGGGCGAGCGUGCUGGUGUGGUUGGCGGCGGUGGUGGCCGGGGGCACCGCUCAGUGCCCGCUGCACUGCCGCUGUGACGUGCUGACCUCGGUGUUCUCGUCUGCGCGCCUGGUGACCGCCGACUGCUCGUACCAGAACCUGGAUGAUGUGCCCGCCGACCAGAUUCCAGUUGAAACGGAGGCGCUUUCCCUCAAAGGCAACUCACUAAAAGAACUGACGGCCGCUCCACCCCUCAGUUCUCGACUCAAAGAACUGGAUGUCUCCAGCAAUCGGAUCAAGGCCGUCGGCAGGGGAGUUUUCGGCACCAACAGCUCCCUGAUCUACCUGAAUCUGGCCAAGAACGAAUUAUCCACAAUUUUCAGUGACACUUUCUCCGGCUUGGAAAAACUAGAGAAUUUGGUGUUGAGUGACAACCGUAUAAAUUACAUCGAGGACGGCGCUUUUGUCAUGUUAAACAAUUUAAAGGGGUUGAACUUGGACUCGAACAUGAUUGGUUCGUUGUACGAGGAGUGGUUUUUGGGUCUUCGGAAUUUGGUCAAUCUCAGUCUUGCGCAUAAUAUUAUCCACCAUGUGAAUAGAAACGUUUUUCGCGCCACCGACCGUUUGCAGAGGUUGGUGCUCAGCGGCAACCGCAUCAACGGCAUUGAACCGCAGGGUUUUGCCGGUUUAUCCCUUCUGCACACUCUCCUUUUGGAUAACAACCUACUGGCCGUGAUUCCUAACGCUGCCCUUCAGACCCUGGGCAAUCUCAGGUUGCUUAAGGUAGAUAUGAAUCCAGUCAGCAAACUGCAGGCCUACUCAUUCAGUGAGUUGAGCGUGCAGGAGAUUUCAGCGUCAAAAAUGAGUGACCUGAGAAUAGUUGAUGGCUUCUCUUUCCACAACUUGUACAACCUGACCAUCAUGUCUAUGGAAGACAACGACAAACUGGACUUCAUUGACCCCGAGGCCUUCGCCAACACCACCAAAAUGGCCGUGCUCAGGUUGAACAACAACAACCUGAGAGGUCUGAGUCGCCAGCUGGUCACCACCUCAUCCGCCCUGACCAAAAUCUCCCUCCUGAACAACCCCCUCUUGUGCGACUGCAACUUCUUCUGGAUCAAGCAGAAUCGCGCCAAAUUCGAAUCCCCACAAAACCUGACCUGCGCCCCUGCCAGGGUGUUGCCCAUCGAGUGCGGGCCCCAGAUAGUUCACAUCAGUGGCACCAACGUGAGCAGGAAACUGGGCGACCCUUUGACCCUGGAGUGUCGUGCUAUGGGUGUGCCGAUUCCCAGGCUGCACUGGAUCUUACCUGACGGCUCGGUACUCAACGCCACCUCAAACUCGGUUCGCCUCAGGUUGCGAAACCCUGGCACCCUGAUCUUCUACCACCUGAAAGCAACCGACAGCGGCGUCUACACCUGCGUCGCCGAAAACAAAAUGGCAACAGCCCGGACAAACAUGACCCUGAUGGUCAGUGGCAUUGACAUCAACCUUUUCCCAACCGGAAUCUCAGCAAAUUUCGUCACCCUGGUGUGGAACGGGACGGCCAGGAACUCAUUCCCGACCUACCAGAUUUUAUACCGGAGACAAAACGAGGCUGAGAACUGGUCGAGCGUGGCCGUCAGUUCCUUCGUCAGGUCGUACACCAUCAGCCAACUGGCGCCGGACACAACCUACCGCUUCUGCAUCACCUUUGAGGAUAAGCAAUCGGGCUUCUACGUCAACAUUUCGUGCACCCUGGCCAAGACGCAGCACGCCACCUUCAUGCUGCAGGGCAUCCAGAACAACAAACACUCCGUCAAUCUGCUCUUCUCAAUCGUCCUGUCUUUCUUCAUCCUGGCACUGAUUGGCCUGCUGGUCUACAAACGGCGCACAAUUCAGCACCGUCUGCUGUACGAGACGCCGAACGAGGAGAAAAGUUCCACGCCAAUCGCCUCCACCUCCAACAUUCCCAUGGACAAUCUCUACAGCCCGCUGAUCUCAAACUCGGCUUCGUGACAAUCAGCCGGCUCGUCUAGUCGCCACUAGGACGAAACUUGUGCCAAAUUUUGAAUUUAUAUAUAUUCAUAAAUGUGCGGAAGAAAGAAUAAAAAAUAUAAAUGGGUAUGCUCGAGAGAGGAACGAAAAGACGCCAAAUUUUUUACAACUUGCCCCGGUCCUUGGAGCAAAAAAUAAAAAUGCAAAUCUCUGAAGUUGGAGUCUGAUCAAUAUUCCGCCACUUAUCCUUAUUUAAGUAAAAAAGUGAGAUUUUUUUAUUAAAUAAUGUCUUCAAAACUAAAUUUUUUAUAAGUAUCAAUCAUCCUUUUUUAUGAUACUUUUUCAUAAGUAUCUGCUUCAGAAAAAAAAUCAAAUUGCUUUUUCUUCUUGCGCGAUUUCUCGCGAUUAAUAAUGUGAAUAAAAAAAUUAUUCAAAUCCACUCUCGUCGAUAUUCCGCCGCGACUUUUUCCUCCUUAAUGGAAGGCGUAAUUAGUCGCAUUUGUGCGGUCCCCCGUGAAAAAUCCUUUUAUAUUGAUCACGACCGCCGCCCUGCUUUUUCGAACUCAUAAUUCACUCUGAUAAAAGGCCUCUGAGUGCAAACGGUCCCCUCUCUUUCUGCAGAGAGCGCGGCAUAUGGAGCUUAUUAUCAGUAAGAAAAAGAGAGAGCCCAUAAAACACGGCCCUUAAUAAAAUUUCCACACGAGAGCAGACCCUUGACUCUACUCGGCAAUUGAUCUUUUUAUGUAUUUCUCUAUGGCGUGUGUGUUUUCUCUGCUCGGCUUGAUUGUGAUCCCCCAAUUUAUUUCCAUUUUCCGCAGCGUCUUUGGUUACCCCUUACGAGAGACAAAACUGGCGUCUCUUCCUCCUUCGUUGCAAAAAGAAUAAAAGAGACUCGGUGUUCUCUCUGCGCAACCCUGUGUUAUUAUUCUAUGUGUAUGUUUAUAUUUCGGCUCAAUCAAGCAAAGGACAGGACACUGAUGAUAAUUGUUUGAUGAGCUCCGGAUAUCCUGCCAAAAUGUCAAGUCGUCCAUUUUCUAGUGAAUAAGCAAGUGAAUUAACUCUGAAUGUUGUUAAAAUCUAAACCAAUGUUCUAAGCCAAUUAACGAUCUGAAGAUUAACUAGGACACCUUAAUCUUGUUGAUAUCUUAAUAAACACCAACUGACAUGAUAAAUUUAACUCACGGCAAAAUAUGGGCAACCUGAAAUGCACUGGAAAGAAUAAGAGAGACUGAUUUAUUGUAAAAACAUAUAAGGGCUUUAAUUUUAUUUUUUAAUUAAAAGGAAAACACAAAUUUUUGUUAAAAUUUAGAAAUUUAAUGAGGGCUUUUUUUAAAUCUGUAUCUUCCUUGUUGUUUUAAUUUACCCUCGGAUAUUGGAAAGCCCUUUUAAUAAAAAACAGCGUUAUUAUUCACCAAAGCACUUGGCCAGAAUCGUGAUUGGAAUCACCACCGAGCUAAUUAGUUAUUCCAUUAUUGCUGGCAAACACCGACCUCCCAGCCCUAAAACCCGGAUCGCGGAUGCUUUAGUGAAUUUCAUGAUCCGCAAUCGUCCACUAAUCAAAAAUUCAAUCUUCCCUCCACGAUCAGCGAUGCAUUUCAGGCUGCCUCUCGAGUCGCCUUCUGAAAAAAUUAAAAAUAAAUAAAACGAAUUAUUUGUAUAUGUACGCGUGCACUGCUGCUUUAAUCCAAGGUAAAAAAACGUAAUUGUUCUUCUAAACAAAACUCUUUUGGAAUAUGCUGAUAAAAUUCACUAUUUUCUAACCUUAAAAUUGCUAAUUGUUGGCUCGGAUAAAGUAGGCGAGCUCUGCUCAAUCAUUAAAAAAUUUAAGGGCAGAAGCGAUAUGCCAUUAAUAUACCUUUCAAAAUCUGUAUAAUAAAAAAAAACUCUUUUCGCAGAUACAGAGAGAAAAAUUUUUUAAACUAUUAAAAAUUGAUUGAAUUUGUUUUUUUCCAAUAAAUUGAAUUAAGCUUAUUUUGCUCCAAUGAAAAAGAAAUACUAGAAUUGAAAAACUUUGUAUGUAGAAUUGAUUUUUUUUUUAAUCAAUAAAAUUCUGCUCAAUUCUUUUUAUUCGCCUAUUAGUUUCAAGUGCGUCACCUACGUUACCCGAGCGGACUGCUAAUCAACCGUAAUUAAUAAGUGAAAAGAGAAUUAUUGUUUUGCGAACAAAAAAAGAUACGCUCGAUUAAAUAAACGCCAUUGUAGCUCGCGGACAAAAGAAUAACAAACACGUACACGCAGUCAUGCCGGUGCAGUCCUUUGAUGAUAUACAAAACGCGACACGUGGAGGAAAACGGCAUGUUUUGUGUCCGUGUUCGGAGCGACAAAUGCUGCUGAUAAUGAAUAAUUCGCUUGAAUAAAACAGUGGAA